UCUGAAGUGUAGUGUCUAAAAUAUUCAGUCAGUGGUUGAUCUGCUCUAGGGUUGCUUCCACCCUGAACCAUCCAAAUAUGCUUCCAUUUUGUUGAUCUUCAAUCUCUAUUCUCAGCUCAAUUUUAUCUAAACAACAAGAAAAGUACAUAAAGAAAAGUAAAUGAUGGCUGGAAAUGCUUUAGUCCAUGUAUCAACAAAUUCUACUAUGUUUCCCAUCAUACCCACUAGAAAAAACAUGUUGGGUGAUCGUUUGUUUUGUACAAAAACACAAAUCAGGCCUAAAAAUCAAACCUUUAGUGUUAAAUCAAUGUCUGCAAAUACGGCUCAUAAUCAAGAACAAGAAGAACAACAACCAGCAUCAUCUUCAGGUCCACUCUCUGUUAUUCUUGAUGUUCCAAGAAACAUAUGGAAACGAACUAUGCGUCCAUUGAGUGAUUUUGGGUUUGGAAAAAGGAGCAUUUGGGAAGGUGGGGUUGGGUUAUUUAUCGUUUCGGGUACUGUUUUGCUGGCAUUAAGCUUGGCUUGGUUGAGAGGGUUUCAGUUGAGGUCUAGGUUUAGGAAGUAUUUGGCUGUGCUUGAGUUUGAGCAAGCUUGUGGCAUUUGUACUGGCACACCUGUUAGAAUCAGAGGAGUAAAUGUUGGUAAUGUGAUUAAAGUCAAUCCUUCCUUGAGAAAUGUUGAAGCUGUUGUUGAGGUUGAAGAUGAUAAGAUAAUUAUUCCUCGAAACUCGUUAGUUGAGGUGAACCAGUCAGGUCUUAUCAUGGAAACCAUGAUUGAUAUCACACCUCGAGAUCCAAUCCCAAUACCUUCUGCAGGGCCCCUGGAUCCGGAUUGUGUUAAGGAGGGUCUGAUAAUUUGUGAUAGGCAAAAGAUAAAAGGAGAACAAGGGGUUAGUUUAGAUGCAUUAGUUGGAAUAUUCACACGACUUGGCCGUGAAGCAGAAGAAAUUGGUUUGUCCAACACCUAUGCUUUGGCUGAGAGAGCCCUAAAUGUUGUUGAGGAGGCACAACCGCUUCUUACAAAGAUUAAAGCCAUGGCUGAGGAUGUCCAACCUAUGCUUGCUGAUGUUCGUGAUAGUGGCUUAAUGAAGGAAGUUGAGAGUUUAACCCGAAGUCUGGCACUAGCAUCUGAGGAUAUAAGGAAAGUGCACUCCACGGUCAUGACUCCUGAGAACACUGAAUUGAUACGGAAGUCCAUAUAUACGCUGGUCUUCACUUUGAAGAAUGUUGAGAGCAUUAGCUCCGACAUUUUGGGAUUCACUGGUGACGAAGCUACUAGGCGCAAUUUGAAAAUGCUCAUCAAAUCGCUAAGCAGGUUAUUGUAAAGUUGAUGGAAUGUUGAAUCUGCUUAAUGGCUUGCAAUAUUGGCCCGAGAGGUUCCCGAAAGACCAAGGAAGAUACUCUAUUUGAUACUCUAUUUGACACUGAUAGUCCCUUGGUCUACGGAUUAGAUAGGGUUUAUGGGUUGUUUCUGCUAAUCUGGCUGGUAGUUACAACAUUGAUCUGUAGGAUUUUAAGGUGUGAAGGCUUCCUUUUUCACCUUGUUCUGUGAUAGAAAUUGCAAUAUAAAUGUCAUUAAAGAUGGUUUCACAAAUGACAAGUAUGAGAUUGAAUUUUGAUUCUUUGGUCA